GCGCUGGCUCCGCAGGCCCGGCUGGACGAGUGUCUGGCCCUUUAAGGGCCGCCCCCGAGGAGGUGCCAGGCCCUGGUGGCUCCGGUCUCUCCUUCCUGGUCCUGCGGGGCAGGGACUGUCCGUAGAGCUGUGGGAGGGCAAAGUGCCCGCACCGGCCCAGGUGUCCCCGGCCAGGCCCCAUGGCCCUGGUCACCGUGAGCCGCUCCCCCCCGACCAGCGGCCACUCCACGCCUGUGGGGCCCACGGACCAGGCAUCCAAGCGGGGAAGCCGGCUCCAGCGAAGGCAGAGCUUCGCAGUCCUUCGCGGGGCUGUCCUGAGACUGCAGGAUGGAGAGGACGAGGGAGAAGCAGCUGAGGCUGGCCCCGAGGUGGUGGAGAGACCCCCAGGUGAAGAACGGCCCCACGGGGACCAGACGGAUGAUGGGCAUGGGCCCCAGAGCCCCAGGAAGCAGGAGCAGAGCCAGCACCUGCAUCUCAUGGUGGAGUUGCUGAGGCCGCAGGACGACAUCCGCCUGGCAGCCCAGCUGGAAGCAGCCCGGCCCCCCCGGCUCCGCUACCUGCUGGUAGUUUCCACACGAGAACACCUGAGCCGAGAACACCUGAGCCGGGAUGAGACUGUCCUCCUGGGGGUGGACUUCCCCGAUAGCAGUUCCCCCAGCUGCACCCUGGGCCUGGUCUUGCCUCUCUGGAGUGACACCCAGGUGUACCUAGAUGGAGAUGGGGGCUUCAGCGUGACGUCUGGUGGGCAGAGCCGGAUCUUCAAGCCCAUCUCCAUCCAGACCAUGUGGGCCACACUCCAGGUGCUACACCAGGCAUGUGAGGCGGCCCUCGGCAGUGGCCUUGUGCCGGGGGGCAGUGCCCUGACCUGGGCUGGACACUAUCAGGACAGACUGAGCUCCGACCAGAGCUGCCUCAACGAGUGGAUGGCCAUGGCCGACCUGGAGUCUCUGCGGCCUCCCAGCGCCAAGCCUGGCCGGCCCUCAGAACAGGAGCAGAUGGAGCAGGCGAUCCGGGCUGAGCUGUGGGAUGUGCUGGACACCAGUGACCUGGAGAGCGUCACUUCCAAAGAGAUCCGCCAGGCCCUGGAGUUGCGCCUGGGCCGGCCGCUGGAACAGUACCGCGACUUCAUCGACAACCAGAUGCUGUUGCUCAUGGCCCAGCAAGAUCGCGCCUCCCGCAUCUUCCCCCACCUCUACCUGGGCUCAGAGUGGAAUGCGGCGAACCUGGAGGAGCUACAGAGAAACAGGGUCAGCCACAUCUUGAACAUGGCCCGCGAGAUUGACAACUUCUACCCGGAGCGCUUCAUCUACCACAACGUGCGCCUCUGGGACGAGGAGUCAGCCCAGCUGCUACCCCACUGGAAGGAGACACACCGCUUCGUGGAGGCCGCAAGAGCCCAGGGCACCCGGGCGCUGGUGCACUGCAAGAUGGGCGUCAGCCGCUCAGCUGCCACGGUGGUCGCUUACGCCAUGAAGCAGUACGGCUGGGGCCUGGAGCAGGCCCUGCGCCACGUUCAGGAGCUCCGGCCCAUCGCCCGCCCCAACCCUGGCUUUCUGCGCCAGCUGCAGACCUACCAGGGCAUCCUGACCGCCAGCCGGCAGAGCCAUCUCUGGGAGCAGAAAGCGGGUGGGGCCUCCCCAGAGGAGCCCCUCGCCCCCGAUGUCUCUACACCUUCCCCACCGCUUCCGCCAGAGCCAGGGGGCAGGGCGGAGAUGGAGGCUAUGGGUUUGGAGGAGAGCCAGGCAGCCCCGACAGAAGAGCCUGGACCACGGCCCCGCAUCAACCUCCGAGGGGUCAUGAGGUCCAUCAGCCUCCUGGAGCCUUCCUCGGAGCUGGAAGGCGCCUCAGGGGCCAGUGACCUGCCAGAGGUGUUUUCUUCAGAGGAAGACCCUCCAGAGACCCUCCCUCAGCUCUCAAAGGCCAAGGGAGGCCGGCGGGGCCACAAGGGGCCUUGGCCUGCCCUGAAGUCCCGCCAGUCUGUGGUCGCCCUCAACAGCGCUGCCCUGGUGGCCAGCCGGACCCAGGCCUUCCAGGAGCAGGGCGGGGCUGGCUGCGCCUCCACACCCAGGCUCCGGGGGAAGGUGGUGAGGCAGGCCAGCGUGGAUGGCAGUGAGGAGGAGGGCGAGGCCUGAGCCCCCACACGUGCCCCUGGCCCCCAGAUACAAAUGGAGGGGCGGCACACAGCUCCUGGGACGAGCACCCUUCACUCCUGCCAACCUGUGCACAUUCCUUUUAGCUCCUCCCCAGGUGGCCCCAAGACUCCAUCACUACAGCCUCGGCUGCUGCAGCCUUAAGUCUCGGACAUGUCCUCCUUUCCAAGGGCUCAAGACCUUCUCUGUCUAUAAUGGGGAUGUGACCGGGAGACUGAAGAUACCUUUGGGGGCAAGAACACCUUGCUUCGUUCUCAGUUGCUGCCGGGAACAUUCACUUGCAUCCACAGAAUAAAAGUUUCCCAGUGCAGAAAGGCUUCUGCUCCCUCCCUCACCCCCUCCCAUCUGCCUCACCCCUGCGCCCUUCGUUCCCGGGGUCUGCUCGGCCAGGGACCCGGUGGCCCUUAAGGGCCGAGAGUAACCUCGGUCCCCAGACCCGGAGGCUCUGAGGAGCAGGGAGCUGGCCCACAGGCGGGGCUGGCGGGUCGGCCUCCCUCCCCCACGCCACAACCUGCCCAUCUUUUGCUGCUGCCCCGCCCCCCGCCCCCCACCCCUCCCCCACAGCACUGCGUUGGGUCACAAGACACCAGGCCAAAGAGAGUCUCCUUUUUGUCCUUUACAGCCUCUGGCCAGUUUUUCACAGUCUUAAUAGUGUCUGGCUUUGUACUUAGAAAUAAAAAACAUUUUCAUAUUA